AUGUGUGAGAUUACCCUCUGCCCGUGCCCGAAGCACCGCACCUUCCUCGCUUACAAGAUCACACGCUGCAACGACGCCACCCGAGCCAGCGGUCUACCUAAGAAUGGCCGCGUCGUCAUUGUCAACGCCCUGCCAGCCCUGCAGGCCGAAUACGGCUGCCGAGCGCCGCCGCUAAUCGACAGCAACCUCACAUACCUGCCCGGGUGCCCGCCUUCGCAGGCGGGCAACAUCUCUGCCUGCGAGAGGAUCCCGGUCGUUGGCUUGUCGGGUGCACAAGAUGCUUAG